ACGCAGACCGACCAUAGGCUUUCUAUUGAAGAUCAAUAGCAAGCCACACCUUAGCAAGCUGGACUUAGGAACAUAGCAAUUGUAAUUUUAUCUUUAACAGUUGGAGUUUUGUAAUAAAAAAAAGAUACAGAAUGGCUUCCCGGGGGAAAUCAGAAACAAGCAAACUGAGACAAAACAUGGAGGAACAGUUGGACCGGUUAAUGCAGCAGCUCCAGGAUUUAGAGGAGUGCAGAGAGGAUCUUGAAGAGGAGGAAUAUGAAGAAACCAAAAAAGAGACACUAGAACAGCUGAGCGAGUUCAACGAGUCUCUCAAGAAGCUGAUGUCUGGGAAUAUGACACUAGUUGAUGAAUUAGGAGGAAUGCAGCUGGCGAUCCAAGCUGCCAUCAGUCAGGCGUUCAAGACUCCUGAAGUUAUUCGGCUGUUUGCUAAAAAGCAGCCAGGGCAACUGAGGACGAGACUGGCUGAGAUGGACCGCGAUGUGAUGGUUGGAAAGCUCUCUCGAGAUGUGUUCACUCAGCAGAAAGUGGAGAUCCUCACAGCUCUGAGAAAACUUGGCGAGAAGCUGACAACAGAGGAUGAAGCGUUCCUCGCUGCCAACGCUAGUGCCACUUUGAGCCAUUUUGAGAAGGUCACUGCGAGUCUGGGAUCUGAGGAUAAGAUAAUGGCAUUAGCCAGUUCUGGAGUUGGAAAGACUCAGACAUAAAGUUUGACUUUUCUCAUGAGUGUGGCCUAAAUGCUGCCUGUGAGUUUUACAGUAUUUCCUUUUUUUUGUUUGUUUUGUUGUUUUUUUUGUAAUAUUCAUACUUUGAACAGAACUGAUUGUAUGUACAUUUGUCAUCAGACAGUUAUUUGUAUUGAAUCAUGUGCAUUUUAUGUUUGAUUUCGGUACGGUGAAAAAAAGUGUUUACAUUUCCGCUGAAAGACAUUCACAGUCAUUUUAGAAUAGCUCUAAUUUUCCUGAAUACAAAGAGGUAACUUUCCUUAAUUCACAAUGGAUUUAGUUUUUAACCCUCUUCUUGUAAUUUAAUUUAUUAACCUUAAUAUCAAAUUGUUUGCCAAUAAGCCUUUUGGUGCUAGUAUUUGAUAGUACAAUAGACUGUAAUUACUAUGCAUUUUAAUGUGGUUUUUAACCGCUGUGAUAGUUGUAAAUAUUUUGUAUGUGAAUAUAUUUGACGAUUAACAUCUGAGAA